GCCUCUCUCCCUCUCUCUCCCAAAGCAGGAAACCUCACUUUAGGAGGAGGUCGCGUCCGAGCUUCGUGCAACAAAGGACGUUGUUGCUGAGGCCGGACCACACACGGGUUUUUUUUGCGUGACUUCGAGUUUCCUGUGUUCACAUUUUAUUUGCUGCUGGUGCUGCCCGCUGCUGUUGUUGGUGUAUUGUGAAUUUCAGCUGAUAGCCUCCUAGUUUUUUUUUUGUAGCGCCUGCCGCGUCCAUCCAAUAUAUGUCAAGUAACGUGAUGUUUGGGUGGGGGGGGGGUCGGUGGGUGGUGCCACAGCGCGACCGAGCUGCGGAUUGCACAAUAAACGGUGGCUCGGGGCGUAUUGAGGGACACUUAUAAGCGUGAGUUGAGUCGCGCGCUCGUCAUUCGUAGGCGUUCACAGCAGCGGCGGCGGUUCGCACGUUUUGAUGCAGCAAAACGACAAAAAAAACCGAGCCGAGGUUCAUUCAUUCACGCGGUUUCUUUUUUUUCCGUGUGUGUGUUAUCAAACGGACGGUAGCAAAAAAAGGUCGCUCUUGCACCUCAACCAGAAAGGGAUUUUGUUAUUUUAAUUGUCUAAACGCGAUCUGGAUCGGAACAACAGCAAAACAAAGUCGGCAGAGUCUCGCCACCGCAGAAACUCGGCAGUGAGUUUCAUCAUCCGAGCUGUUGUGUAUGAAGCUUCCCAGCAAUGGACAAGAGUAAAGGACACAAGGUGAAGAAGCGGCCUCCGCUCACCAUCACCAAGGAGGUGUUCGCGCCCACGCCACCCACGACGCCACCAAGAGAUCUGGAUUCAAAGGCAUGCAUCACUAUUGGAGACAAGAACUUUGAGGUGAAGGCCGAUGACCUGGAGACCCUGAGCGAGCUGGGCCGCGGCGCGUACGGCGUCGUGGAGAAGAUGCGGCACGCACCCAGCGAGACCAUCAUGGCCGUCAAGCGCAUACGUGCCACGGUGAACUCGCAGGAGCAGAAGCGCCUGCUCAUGGACCUGGACAUCUCGAUGCGCACCGUCGACUGCCCCUACACCGUCACGUUCUACGGAGCGCUUUUCCGCGAGGGCGACGUGUGGAUCUGCAUGGAGCUGCUGGACACGUCUCUGGACAAGUUCUACAAGAAGGUGAUCGAGAAGAAGCAGACGAUCCCCGAGGACAUCCUGGGCAAAAUCUCCGUCUCCAUCGUGAAGGCUUUGGAGCACUUGCACAGGAAGCUGUCCGUGAUUCACAGAGAUGUGAAACCUUCAAACGUGCUCAUCAACACGCAGGGUCACGUGAAGAUGUGCGACUUCGGAAUCAGUGGCUACCUGGUCGACUCCGUGGCGAAGACGAUGGAUGCUGGUUGCAAGCCCUACAUGGCACCGGAGAGGAUUAACCCUGACUUGAGCCAGAAAGGUUACAAUGUCAAGUCCGACAUCUGGAGUCUGGGCAUCACCAUGAUCGAGCUGGCCAUCCUCAAGUUCCCGUACGAGUCGUGGGGGACGCCCUUCCAGCAGCUCAAGCAGGUGGUGGACGAGCCGUCGCCGCAGCUCCCCGCCGACCGUUUCUCCCCGGAGUUUGUGCAGUUUGCGGCGCAUUGCCUGAAGAAGAACCCCAAGGACAGGCCAACUUACGCCGAGCUGAUGGAGCACCCGUUUUUCAAGAUGCACGACAGCAAGGAGACGGACGUGGCCACGUUCGUGAAGCAGAUUCUGGUGGAGUCGUCGCAGUGAAGGGGAGAGAGAGCCCCGCAUGACCUCGACCGCGACGGAAACACAACCCCCCCCCCUCCCCCACACCGCCCCCACCCCCGCAGGAGGGUGCGACGUGUGCAGGAUUUUAAAAAAUUCGUUUGUAAAAAUGUAACCUGUUCAAAUAACAGCCGGCUCUCUCAAACGGCUGCUCGGAGAAAGAAAAAUCUAUAUGCGAGCGUCGGUGAGCAAAAUAUUUUUUUGGUUUGCGGGAGUUUGAAGCCUACGGCGUUUUCGUGAGCGGAUUUUCGGCGGAGUUCCUCCCCGUGAUCCUCGAAUCCUCAAGCGCGGCCCUCCCGCAUGGCGGCCAGCGCACCGCACGCUGCCGUCACCGGUUCGGCGCCGUCGAGCGGUUUGCGAUUUUGUUGCUGCUGCUGCUGCUGCUGUUGUUUGGUUUCGAGAAUCCUUAAAGUGACCGGAACGCGCGACAGUCCGCCCACCCCCCCAAGAGCAUGGGCCGCUGCAAGGGGGUCAGCCGCGGUUCACAGUGGUGCGACGAUGAGCAGCCACGAGCAGCGACGAGCAGCCACGAGCAGCGACGGUUGUGAUUCACAGACCGUUAAAUCUCCCGGCGCUGCCGCGUCGGCAGCCCGCGUCUAAAACGACGGGCGCAGUCAAAUCCGUUGUUGUUGUUGUUGUCGUUGUUUUGCAUUACUUACAAAGUGCGUUCGGCUGUUUGUUGUUGUGUUUUUUUGUAUCGACCUCGCCCUAAAACGCGACGCGGCGUACUGCGGUUAAGAUGAGUCCCUUCUUUAGAGGCGGGGGGCGGGGGGGGGGGGGGGCAUCGAGCGGAGGGUUGUAACAAAGCGACGGUGACGGUUUCCGUCUGCCCGCCCUCUGGAACCUCCAAAGAUUGGUGGUCCUGCGGGAGCCACUGGGGUCCUGCAGCAGUCUCUGUGGCCUUCACACUCGUCAGAAUUUACACCACGAGCAGUAGCGGGGGGGGAGGGGGGUGGGAGAGGGGGCCGGGGGGGGAAACGAUAUGAAGCAGAAUGAUCCGUGAUGGUGAUGAGGAUGAUGAUGUUUGUUGAUUUGUGAGUGGCUGUGCGUGGUGUGUGCAUCGAUGAACAGUUUUAGUCAAAUUGUUAUUUUCGUGUCUUAAGUAACUUUUAAUAAGUAUUACAUGGUUAUUAUAGUGUACGUAUUUUUGUGUGUUUGAUGGUGGAUUUGAUUUGGUUUACUUCGUGUUGCCAGAGUGUGUAGUGAGUAAGCCCCUUCACCACCCACCAUUUAUAGAAAUGAGGCACAAUAUACUGACUUUUGUUUUACAAAGGACCCUGUAAAUGUCACGCUUCUUUUGAGUGUGUUUGCGGGUAGAGCUUAAAACAACAUUUAUGGUUUGGCAUUUGGUGGAAUUAUGGGCCGAUUGGUCACUGCGGAGGCUUCUUUGACGUGUUUUCGAUCUGAUUUAAAUUCUGGUUGCUCAGGGGCUGAUACACGAGGCCACCGCCUUUUGUACUGUGUGGUUUAAAAAGCCACUGACGAUGCUUCUGUACAUAUGUUGACAUUUUUUUUCGCACCACACACAGCCAACCGUGCAAAAUCGCAGGUGCGGGACGAAGGACAACAAACUGAACACAAAAAAAAACACUUCUAAAGAAACGGGUUUUCAAUUUGGAUUUAACAGUGCGUAGCUCCAGUGGCUUCCUAAUAUCAGAAGGAAGAGGCGUUCCAGACGGCCGCACAAGGCGCAUCUGAAAACGCCGCGCGAUGCGGUGACCGUCUUUGUUUGACGGCCAGAAUGCCGCUGCCGCUGCUGCUAAGAUGACGGGAGUUUUGCGUGAUGGCUUCAUGCUCCCGCGACGGUGCACGGACGCGGUGAAAUUCUGAAUUCCUUUCGCUUGCGCGUGCUCCCGGCGCACUGUUCCCUCCUCGCGGGACUUUCUGUGAACACGCGGUCACGGUGGCGAAAUUCUGAAGAAGAAGAAGAAGGAGGAGGAGGAGAAAAAAUAAGAGAGCGGCAGCCGCCGAGAUAAAAACGGCAUGUCCGUUGAAUUAACAGAAAAAAAAAUCUCUUCACGGUGCACUCAAAUUCUUUUAAUACCGCUCAAGAUCACGCCACGCUCUUUGGUUUAUUAUAAAGAGGGCCGGCCUAAGGAUGGCUGAGGCACAACGUUGCGUGCACUGUGUGUGUGGGGGGGGGGGCUUGCAUUCGUCUUGUCGGAACGAGUUCAUCAGGUCAGGACGUAGCCGUGCCGGCUGAGACUCUGGGCCUCGGCUGCGGCCAAGCGAGAAGACGUUUUUUUAUUUUAUUUAAUGAAGCAACGUGCCUUUUUUGUUCUAGUUGUUGCUCACCAUAUCCACAUAUCCCGGUAGACAAUCAUGCGAUGUACUUGUUGUUGUUGUUGUUUGUUUUUCAUCGAGGGGGCGGCUCCAAGAGCCCCUCUCUGCCAGGGGCCCGACCUGUUUCCACGACCAACUCGGACGUGGCCCUUGCAAGUGAUUACACUCUCGGAAGCCACGGCGUCAAAUCUGUUUUUUUUUUCCCUUCUCCUUUCGCAUCAACAACUCGGCUCACGUGAUUCUCAACGCGCGUACUCCACCUACGGUUGCCAUCCAAAGUUUUUUAGUUUGUUAAUUGAGCGCCUUGAUUGAAGACUGGUUUUAUUUAAUUGAUAAAGUAGUGCCUUUUAAGUCGGCCUCGAUAGUGGCAGUGUGCAGAAUUUUGCUCCUCUCCCCCCCCCCUUUUUUUACCGCCUCGACGUUUGCAAUCCGAGAGACGGCGAGCGGCGUCGCUUCUCUCUCGCGUCUCCCCGCUCUGCUUCAGUUACAACAAAAACAAACAAAACAAACUUUCUUAAUUCGCUGCCAGAGAAUGUUUCGCGUUUGUAAUUUGGGCGUGGGACUUGAAGCUCGGUUUUCUGCUGUCAUUCCGCGGGGGGGGGGGGGGUGUUGGAUGCUGCAGGGUAUUUAACAUCCAUGUUGUCAUCUGGAACAAUCACCUCGGCGUGCUAUCACUGUGCUGCAGUGGCGGCUGUUUCAACUUGAACGGUCAUCCCCCAUGCACAGAGAGGCGCUCUCAGGGAGGAGCGAACUCACCACUUGGCCGUCCGGCGUUGGAAUUCACUUCCAGCGCUCCUCCAGCCAGUCAUUUCUCUCUUGCCAACGCUUCGCUUUUCUUCCCUCUGCCCUCUGGGUUCAGCCGCAUACUCUCCCAGUGACCCCUGCAUGCUCCGCUGAGCACGCGAAAGCAGGAAAUAGCUCCGUGCUGAAGACUUGUCGGCCUCAUUCGUGGCGCAUAACGUACGGGUGUAUUUUUUAUCUUCUUUCGCACCGUACGUAGUCAACCGUGCCGAUCGGAGGUGCGGGGGAAGGACAACAAGCUAAACACAAAAAGCAACUCUGAAGAAAUGAGUUUUCAGUCUCGAUUUAAUAGUGCAUAGCUCCAAUGUCUCCCUAACAUCGGAGGGAACAGCGUUCCAGACGGCCGCAGAAGCGCACGUGCAAGCGUGUGGUGCGGUGACCGCCUUUGUUCAAUGGUUAGCCAAAGGCCGCUGUGAGGAUAACCGGAGUUCACGUGAUGAUAUGCUCCUUGACGAGAUCAGCAAAGGUAUUGCGGUUCAUUCGUACUGCCAUAGUGGCAGUACAAAGAUAAAGGUGCAGCCCCUGUAAUUGCCUGCUCUACGCCACUGCUCAUGGAAGGGCCUCGAGGCUAUUCGGCCUACUCGGCCACGCCGACUAGACGUUGUU